AUGCCCGUAACAGAAUGGUCGCACGUUCGGAAGAAUUGGAGAAGGAACCGAGGCGGGAACCGGAAUUCGGCGCCGCCUGAAGACGAGGAUAUGGUAGAUUCGCUCGCCAAAAUACCCUCCGAGUUCGAUAAUGCCCGGAAGCAGAACCUGCGGUAUUGGCUCAUGGAGUGCGAGAUCUACUUUGAGCAGAAACCAAAAAAGUUCCGAACGGACAGGAAUAAGGUCCUGUUCGCUGGAACAUAUACGUGUGGGUUGGCAAAGGAAUGGUUCAUGGAAUACAUCGAGACCAAAAUGUUGGGCCCGGCUGGUGCAGACUACGCCACUUGGGCUUGGUUUCGUCAGGAAGUCAGGAAACGUUUCCUAAGCACUCAGGAGGCUGUGGAAAACGCGAUGAAGAUGCAGCAGUUUAAGUACUCUGCUAACAUCGGCGACUACCUGACAAGGAUGGAGAGCAUGAACCAACAUGCUCAGAUGAAAGGGGCAUCCUACUGCGCUGCCCUGCUCCAAGGACUACCAAAUGAAAUACGAGAGGGCCACUCACGCUUCGAUCCAACCGAUGACGACUCCGAGUACAUCCAACAGUUGGAACGAGCCGGCAAGGCUCACGAAGCUUAUCAAGAGCAGAUGAAGAUGUUGGGGAAAGCGGAGUUGAGAGGAAGGGAGUCGAAUAAUGGUAGGAACUCGCGGCAGAAGGAAAAGGGGUUUAAAAUCAAGGGGAGGGCUCAGACUGAGGAGAAAGAAAAAGGCAAGAACAAGUCGGGGAAUAAGCCAAUAUACCACGACUAUGACGAAGCCACCAAAGGAGUUCCACAGCCGGUCCGAGACCAGCGAAAGACCGAUGGUGUCUGCAUGCGAUGUGGCCGAAAGGGUCAUCUUUGGAGAUGGUGUCGUUCAGAUGCUAACAGCAGUGCAUCUAUCUCUUCUUUCUCCCGAAAGCGUACCCGCGAUGACGAUGGUGACCACGAUAUGGAACCACCGAAACCCCAACCUCAGAGAAAGCAUAUGAGGCACUGUGCUAGAAAGCCGGCUGCUACGGCUACUGCGGAGUACACCA